AUGACCCCCUCGACACCCGUUCUCGCGCUUGUGGCUGCAGCUUCGGCACUGUGUGCUUUCCAAGUAUCAGCCCAGCAAACAGGAAUCAACACUAAGGAAGUGCAUCCUUCUCUCACCUCCAAGCAAUGCUCGAAGACAGGUGGCUGUGUAACUGAGCCCACGUCGAUUGUGCUAGAUGCCAAUUGGCGCUGGCUACACCAAGUCGGCGACUACAAGAACUGCUACUCUGGCAAUCAGUGGGAUGCCACGAUAUGCUCCAGUCCGGAAGCUUGUGCCCAGAAUUGCGCUCUCGAAGGUGCCGACUACCAAGGCACCUACGGCAUCACCACGUCCGCCGAUGAGUUGCAGCUCAAGCUGGUCACGCAGACCCAGUUCGGCACGAAUGUGGGCUCUCGGGUAUAUCUUGUAGAUGCUGAGGGGCUCAAGUAUAAGCAGUUCAAGUUGCUAAAUCAAGAGUUCACACUUGAUGUCGACGUCUCCAAGCUCCCAUGCGGACUCAACGGCGCGCUCUACUUUGUGCAGAUGGACGCGGAUGGAGGGGUCGGUCGCUUCCCAGCCAACAAGGCAGGUGCCAACUACGGCACGGGUUACUGUGAUGCGCAGUGUCCACAUGACAUCAAGUUCAUCAAUGGCGAGGCUAACACGCUCGACUGGGGUGCCACGAGUCAGAACUCGGGUGGUGGCAAGUAUGGUGCCUGCUGCGCUGAGCUCGACAUCUGGGAGGCUAAUAGCAUGAGCAGCGCAUUUACUUCGCACCCGUGCACGUCGGAGGAGCAGAUACGCUGCUCAAGUCCAGAGGAGUGUGGCAGUGGUAAUGAUAGUCGCUACAAAGGCGUAUGUGACAAGGAUGGCUGCGACUUUAAUCCGUUUCGAAUGGGCAACCAAACGUUCUACGGUCCUGGAUCGCAAUUCACCAUCGAUACCACCCGUAAGUUCACGAUCGUCACCCAAUUCGUGACGAGCGACAACACCGCUACUGGGGAUCUUGUGGAAAUCCGACGCUUAUUCAAGCAGGACAAUCGUGUUGUGGAUACCCCGAACAUCAUGUGGCCUGGUUUGAACGAUGUCAACUCCAUUACCGAUUCCAUGUGUAUUGCGUCCAAGAAACUUUUCGGGGAUCAAAACGACCACGCCACGAAGGGCGGACUUGUACGUAUGGGCGAGCACAUGGCGAAUGGUAUGACGCUUGCCAUGAGCUUGUGGUCAGAUCACGACGCUUACUGUCUCUGGCUUGACAGCAGCUACCCCGCGGAAGCGGAUUCUGCGAAACCCGGCGUCAAGCGCGGCUCGUGCCCGACGUCAAGUGGUCGUCCUACUGAGGUUGAGGCGCAGCACCCGGAUGCCACCGUUAAGUUCAUGAACAUUCGCGUGGGUGACAUUGGAUCCACGUACUAG